UUGCCGUACGGUUGGCUGUCCUGCGCAGCUGUCGACACAUUCUUUUUCCGGCGAGAUCCUCAGGUGGACGUAACGUAGUUUUUAUAAUUUUAGCCGUAAAAUUUUCUCCAUCUUCCUACAAUGAAAAUCUGGAAGGAUAUUUUCACCGGUGACGAGAUGUUCUCGGACACAUACAAGCUAAAGCUGGUUGACGAUGUGAUGUACGAGGUUUACGGCAAGCAUGUGUCGCGCACCCUCGGGGAUGUCCAGCUGGACGGCGCAAAUCCUUCUGCAGAAGAGGCUGAAGAAGGUACCGAUAACGCCACCGAAUCCGGUGUCGACAUCGUGCUGAAUCAUCGUCUGGUAGAGACUGGAUUUGGCGACAAGAAACAGUUCACCACCUACCUGAAGGACUACAUGAAGAAAUUGGUCACCAAGCUAGAAAAGGAUAAUCCCAGCGAGGUGGAAGUAUUCAAGACCAACAUCAACAAAGUCAUGAAGGACCUUCUGGGACGUUUCAAGGAUCUGCAGUUCUUCACCGGCGAAUCAAUGGAUUGCGAUGGAUUGAUUGCCAUGCUCGAGUACCGAGAUAUCGAUGGCGAGAGCACGCCGGUUCUGCUAUGUUUUAAACACGGCCUGGAGGAGGAGAAAUUCUAGACUAAUUGUACAGCACCCUGCCUGCUCUGCUAGUUAAUAGGUCUGUUUUUCCUUUCGACCGGUUCAGUUUAUUUUUUUAAACCAAAUCAAAUCAAUCCCUCACUGUAAAGUCUAUCGCUUCCUAUUUAUGUGCGGCUACAGCGCAAGGUUUUUUUUACCAAACUAGUUUCAAUCAAAAGAAAAUUACAGUCUGAUAAUGAUGAGUGACGAUCUUUUAGUGACCACAUAAUUCCAAUGGAGUAAUAACGUAUCGGUUAAGCUUUGUUACUGUUACGGAAAUGCAGAAGGCAAACACCAGACAAGCUUAGCGAAGAAUUCCCUUGACCAUCUAAUACUCGUAAUAGUGCGGCUAAUUUUUUUGUGUUUUUGCUACCGACUGUAAGAUUACGUUGAAUAUUCAAGUGAUUAAAAAAAACAAUCUGUUUCAAGUAAUGGUGACUGAAUGGAAGGUGGAGAAAAGUAGAUUUAUCCUUCUCUUAUUUGUAAACAUACAUAUAACGCAUCUCAUGGAUAUCAGCAACUGACACUGAGAUGAAUUUCGGUAAGAAGAGUGUCAAAUCAGGAACCAAUUGAAGAAAAAAAAAAAAAAAAUGCGAAGCAAACUCCAGCUAUGCUUCGCAUCUGUUGUAAAGGCUA